AUGUCGGGUGGAGGCGAUGUGACCCUCUUUGAGGAGUCUUUCACCGUAACGAACUACGACCAAUCUAAGUACGACCGAGUCGCCCGCAUCUCUGCUACUUCAACGGACAACCAGACUCUUAUGACUCUUGACAUCAAUAUCGAACUGUUCCCUGCCUCGGUUUCUGAUAGCUUGCACGUUGUCCUGGCUACCUCCCUGGCCCACGAUGGAACCAAAGACGACGAGAAGGGUUGGAGAGACGUUACCAAGGGUAGUCACGACCGAGAGCCCACGCUCGCCGACAUGUUCGACUACGUCUGCUACGGCAAGAUCUACAAAUUUGAGGAUGCCGACGACGGCCAGACUAUCAAGGCAUACGUCUCGUUUGGCGGUCUUUUGAUGUCACUUGAGGGUCCAUUCAAGAAACUUACUCCACUGAGGGUCGAUUAUGUCUACUUGCUGGUCAAGAAAUGA